UCAGUGUCCCCUUUGUCUCCACAGGUGAGGUCGCAGCAUGGCCAGCGUGCUGUCCCGGCGCCUUGGAAAGCGGUCCCUCCUGGGAGCUCGGGUGUUAGGACCCAGUGCCUCGGACGCACCAUCAGGAAUCACCCCGCCCUUGGAGCCACUGCUGGAGGGGGCACCUCCCCGGCCCUUCCUCACCUCUGAGGACACUUCCUGCCAGGAGCAGCCCAAGGAAGUUCUCAAGGCUCCCAGCACCGCAGGUCUCCAGCAGGUAGCCUUUCAGCCUGGGCAGAAGGUUCACGUGUGGCACAGGGCUCAGGAGUGCACGGGGCUGGUGGAGCAGCACAGCUGGACAGAGGACCAGGUGACCGUCUGGCUGCUGGACCAGAAGUUGCAGAUCAGCUGCAGAGCAGAGGAGGUGUGGCUGGCGGACCCACAGGGCCCCGCCCCCCAGGCACCAGCCCCAGCGCUCGGGGCCCAGGCCCUGGCCUACCGGCCAGUCUCCAGGAACAUCGACGUCCCAAAGAGGAAGUCGGAUGCAGUGGAAAUGGAUGAGAUGAUGGCGGCCAUGGUGCUGACGUCCCUGUCCUGUAGCCCCGUUGUGCAGAGUCCCCCUGGGGCCGAGGCCAACUUCUCUGCGGCCCGCGCAGCCUGCGACCCGUGGAAGGAGAGCGGCGACGUGUCGGACAGCGGCAGCAGCACCACCAGCGGGCACUGGAGUGGGAGCAGCGGUGUCUCCACCCCCUCGCCCCCCCACCCCCAGGCCAGCCCCAAGUAUUUGGGGGAUGCCUUUGGCUCUCCCCAGACCGACCACGGCUUUGAGACCGACCCUGACCCCUUCCUGCUGGACGAACCUGCUCCACGCAAAAGAAAGAACUCCGUGAAGGUGAUGUACAAGUGCCUGUGGCCAAACUGUGGCAAAGUCGUGCGCUCCAUUGUGGGCAUCAAGCGGCACAUCAAAGCCCUGCACCUGGGGCCCAGAGAAGGCUUUCAGGGAAGGGGCUUGCUGAGAACACCACCUGGUAUCCCCGGCCACGGGCGGAAGGACGCCCUGGUGCACGCUGCUGCUGUGGACGGCCUGCCCUCGGGGGCGCUCAGCAAGUCAGCUCCGGGGUCCUUCUGGCACAUCCAGGCCGACCAUGCUUACCAGGCCCUGCCGUCCUUCCAGGUCCCUGUCUCGCCACACAUCUAUACCAGUGUCAGCUGGGCUGCUGCCCCCUCCACCGCCUGCUCCCUCUCUCCGGUCCGGAGCCGGUCACUAAGCUUCAGCGAGCCCCAGCAGCCACCACCUGCAAUGAAAUCUCACCUGAUUGUCACUUCUCCACCCCGGGCCCAGAGCAGCGCCAGGAAAGCCCGAGGGGAGGCCAAGAAGUGCCGCAAGGUGUACGGCAUCGAGCACCGGGACCAGUGGUGCACGGCCUGCCGGUGGAAGAAGGCCUGCCAGCGCUUCCUGGACUGAACCUGUCCAGCCGGCUGGGCCCUGCCGGCGACAGCAGGCAGACGUGUCACCAGCCCUCAGCAGAAACCGAAAAGAGAAAGAGGGGAAACCACAGUCUGGGCUCUGUUGGCUAAGGUUAAAGCGUUUUCUCCCUUUUGUGGGAACAUUUUAUUUUUUAAAGAGAAAGAAAAGUUUUUUUCCCCUAAAAUAGGAGAGAGCCCAAACUGGCCAAGGGUGUUCAGCAGUGAACCAGAGACCAAAGAAUUAAUUACCCUCCCUUCCCACGUCUCCUCUCUCUAGGGGUUAGUUUAAUGCGUAUCAAAAGAAGGAACAGCUCGUUCUGUUUCCUGCUGAGUCGGUGAAUUCUUUGCUUUCUCAACUCUUCCAGAAAGGACUGUGAGCAAGAUACAUUUACUUUUCUUAAAAAAAAAAAA